AUUAUCUGAGCUCUUGCGUGCUGCUCGACUUUCUUCACUACUCUCGCACGGCCGACACUCAAGCAUCAAUCAGCCAGGUUAUCAAGACCACACAUUCGCUAUGUCGCCGUCGCUUCCAUCGCCCAAGGCCGGCGCUGGCCAGGUUGAGAAGGAAUCCGGUGUCGCGCGAGUCCUCGGCGCUGGUUCUGCUGGUAUCGCCGAACUCGCUGUCUUCCACCCCGUCGAUACGAUAGCCAAGCGAUUGAUGUCCAACCAGGGCAAAAUCUCAGGAGCCGGACAGCUCAACGAGGUCAUUUUCCGCAAACACGCCGGCGAACCUUUCGUGCGACGAUUCUUCACCCUCUUCCCCGGUCUCGGAUACGCGGCAGCAUAUAAAAUCUUGCAGAGAGUGUACAAGUAUGGAGGACAACCAUUUGUCCGCGAUUACUUGUCGAAGAACCACGGCGCGGCAUUCGAGAACACAUUUGGCAAGGGUAAUGGAAAGGCUAUCAUGCACGCGACUGCUGGAUCGAUCAUUGGAAUUGGAGAGAUUGUCCUGCUCCCGUUGGAUGUAUUGAAAAUCAAGAGACAGACAAAUCCGGAGGCUUUCCGUGGACGAGGCGUGUUGAGAAUUGUCGCUGACGAGGGUUUCGCGCUUUACCGGGGAUGGGGAUGGACAGCUGCUCGAAACGCGCCUGGCUCUUUUGCGCUCUUCGGUGGUUCAGCGGCCGCGAAACAAUAUCUGUACAAGCUCGAGGACUACAACAAGGCCACAUGGUUGCAAAACUUCGUCGCGUCGGUCGCAGGUUCAAGCGCGUCGCUCAUCGUCUCUGCGCCCUUGGAUGUUGUCAAGACAAGAAUCCAGAACCAGAACUUCGAAGUCAAGAAGUCCGGCUUAAAGAUUGUUUCCGACAUGGCUCGACAUGAAGGACCAUCGUCCUUCUUCAAGGGCCUGGUGCCCAAGCUGCUGAUGACUGGACCUAAACUCACAUUCUCUUUCUGGCUGGCACAGACACUUAUCCCGCUCAUCAACAACAAAUUGUGAGACCUGCAGCAAGCAAGGCGUUUUGGCGCAAUGGAUCACCACGUUGCCUACGAUAGAGCAUGAAUGGGGCAUUUGUUGAUGAGUAGAAGGGUACGUCUGACAUGCAGCACAGACGAGUUUGUAUGAGCGUUUUGUAAUUUCACUUGAUUGCAUUCUUAUGAAGUUGUACAUAGACCUACAACGCAAGAUGCUAAUUGUAUAGCUCACGAAUCAUCUCAACUCAGUGCCGAAGCAGCCGAGCAAUGCGAGC